CCACCCACUACAUAAGCAGCAUAGGGUCUGACUGAGGACGGAGGAGAAGGCAAGGCAGCAGCUAAUCUAGGAGAUCUGACGUCAUGAGGACCUCAGGGGGAGGAGGAGGUGUGGAAGGGAAGGAUGAAGCACAUACUAGGGUCUCCAGCCAGAGAGGAGGGAGGCUCACUCACAUUUACACAGGAUCCCAUCGGUACUGAGGAAUCUGCCUGAGAUUAUUAUUUUUAUACAUAUAUAUUAAUAUUUUUUUUUUACUUUUUAGACUUCUGCAGGAAGUUUUCUUUCAGGCAUCAGUUUAUUUACUAAGAGCUCGCGGACGAGUUACAUGAAACUUUUCUUCCACAGUUUUAAAUGAAUCCAGACCUGAUGCGGCGGCCGAGGCAGGGACCCAGCUUGUGGACCGGGCUCUUUGUGAUUCUCGGUGUGAGCCUGAUGGCAGAGGCCACCCCGCAGCUCACCUAUCACCGGCCAGCGCAGAGGGGCAAGAACUGGUGUGCAUUCAUCGUGAACAAGAAUGUCAGCUGCACGGUUAUGGAGGGGACUGAGAGUUUCAUCCAGCCUCAGUACAAGUGUGCCUGGAACCAGAUCCACUGUCAGCCAACACUGGCUUAUAAGGUGAACUUCAGACCACGGUAUGUAACCUCCUACAAAGUUGUCACGGAGCUGGAGUGGAGGUGCUGCCCUGGUUUUAGGGGUACAGAUUGCAAGGAAGGACCAUCUGAUAAGGCAAAGCAAACAGCUGUGCAGACACCUCGACCAAGUGGUGAAAAGAAAGAAAAAGAACCGACUGGACAAAAAACCCUGGACGCCAAAAGAGAUCUUCAAGAGUUAAAUGAAGCACAAGAGAAAAAGAUUCAAACUCUGGAGGAUGAAAUGCUUAGACUUACACAGACUGUCAUUGACCUACAAACCUCUUUGUCGGGAGUAAAUGAAAAUUUAAAAAUCACAGUUCAGGAAGAUGCAAGUAAAUUUCUAAAUGAAUGGCUCAACAACCUGGCACCAACAGCCAGUGCUACAGGUGGUAAAACAGAAUACUAUUUACCAGGAUUCUCUGGCAGUAUCGAGAAAGAGGAUGGAUUAAAAGAUGUAAUUUCUGAACUAACAAGCGCCCGAGAGGAACUACGGAACAAAACUGAUCAAAUUGAUGAACUAACCAGAAAAAUCAAUUCAUAUGAGGAACGCUUAAUUGAAUUUGAAGAGCUGUCACGUGGACCAACCGCAACUAUGUCUAGUGUUAAUGACCAUCAGAUUUAUUUAGAUGAUAAAUUAGAAGCAGUAAGAAAUGAGAUGCUGGAGGGGAUGGAUAGGAAAAUGGCCGAUCUGAAAAACUCUUGUGAGUACAAGUUAAUGAAUGUUCAACAACAAUGUGAAGAUAAUGAAAAUUGCUUGGGAGUCAAAGAGUUAGUUCUAGAAAAAGAAAGUGAACUUCUUAAAGAAGUAAACAAGCUGAGGUCUGAAAUGCAUCCAAAUUCACCAAACAGCAGUUCGAAUUGUUGCAGAAAUAAUGACUAUGAUACAAGACUGAAGAACUUGGAACAAAAGGUUGAAAAAAUUGCCGAAGCACAUAGGGCCCUUAAUAUCAGAUUAGACAAUGAAGUGCAACUUCUAAACACCAACAAACCAGACCAGUCUUGGAGUGAUAGAUAUAAUGAGUUAGAAUUUAGAAUUAACGUCACAGAAAAAAAUGCAGAGGAGCACUGUUUUUAUAUUGAGGACACUUUGAGAGGUCUAAUUAACAACAGUGUUGAAGAUAUGAGCAACCUAAUUGACUUGAAGAUUCAACUGCUGGAGAAUAGUCAGACUAAUAAACCUGAUAUUCCUGAUCCCAGCAGCUCAUUGGCUAACAUUGUUCUGCAUGACAUAGAUGAGCUGAAGGAUGCAGUACAAAGACUGGACAAUGAAUUUAAAUCAGUGUUGCAUGGCAAGGAUGGUUAUUUAAGCAACACUGAUGUACACCACAAUAAUUACCAAGUAUUGGUUGAGACUCAGUUGGGUAAUUCUCUUUUCUUAAAGUCGCUUACUGACACAGUGAAUGAAAAAUUUGAGGCACUUCAAAACAAGACAUUGGACAUGGAAGCCUUACAAAUUGAAUUAGGCAUGGUUAGAUUUGAUCUUUACAAAAUUGAAGAUAAUGUGGUUCUCUUGAAUGAUAGCUUGAACUCCUUUAAAAGACAGCUAGGAGAGGUUAACUCUACUGUUAGUAAUACGCAACUGGGUCUUUCAGCAAAAGUAGAUGUUGUCCAAAAACUUUAUAACACUACCUCAGGCGCUUCUACAAAUGGCAAGUGUUGUAACAAUCUCCAAGACAAGUUUGACAUUCUCAGACGUGAAGUAACCACUGACAAAGGGAAAUGCACUGAUAACACUCAGGGAAUCCAAACAGAGAUUUCUAAAGUUGACACCAGAGUUUCUAAGCUGGAAGAUGUAUGUGGAAAGCUUGAUACGAUCUCUGGCAGCCUGCAAAGGAUUAAAGAUGGGCUUAACAAACAUGUUACCAGUUUAUGGAACUGUAUACACAGCAUCAAUGGGACAAUAAAGUCACAUUCCAGUGACAUUUAUGGCUUGAAGAAUUCUGUCCAAGUAUUCCAAACACAGAUCACCAAAAUCACUACUGACCUCCAAGACCUGGCCACGACUCAGCCUGGAGCAGAUACGGACCCCAAGCAAACACCACAGGUUAACAUUAUACCUCAACUGCUACCAAGAGCAACAGAGAAGCCACCACACCACCAAGAUCCUCAGCAACCCGUAUUUCCCCAAGUGCCCAUAGUCCCUUCAGGUCCUAAACGACCUGCACAACCACAAGAACCUCAAGAUCCACCCAAACCAGUACCACCUACCUCAUCAGGGUCUAUUGUCAUACCACUGAUUCCUGGCCGCAAUGGAUUUAUUUUAGAGCAUGGUCAAGCUGGACCUCCAGGUAGAAUUGUGAAGUUUGGAUCAGGAAGACAGCAAGGUGUUGAUGGGCAGCAAGACAUGCAGUUGUCAAAAGGUUUCGCUGGGGCACCUGGAUAUCCAAAGCCAGCUACAGAUACCAAAGAUCACAUAACUAUCACUGCUUUUUCAGAAUCCAAAGGGGCUACUGCUACAACUGCUCAAAUAUCAUUUUCUGCUGGAUUUAGCGAGCAACUAAAUUCUUUUGAAGUUGGACUCAUUCCCUUUAAUAAUGUGUUGGUUAACGAUGGCGAGCAUUAUAACCCCGUUACAGGUAUCUUCACAGCUCCCAUUGAAGGACGUUACAUGAUCACUGCAGUCCUAACUCCGGAGCAGGAGUAUUAUGUGGAAGCUGUCUUGUCAGUGUCCAAUUUCAGCGUGGCACGGUUGGAUACGUCUGGAUACAGAAGAGAGCUCCUGGAAUACCACAAGCCAAGUUCCAGGAGGCCUGUUUGCAGCGGGGUUGGAACAUUCAAUAUCAUUCUACCAUUGAAAGCUGGCGAUGAAGUCAGCAUUGUCCUGACAGGUGGCAAACUUGCCAAUUCAGACUCUGAUGAAAUGUACUCCACAUUUAGUGGUGUACUGUUAUAUCCAUAUUCCUCAUUUAGAUAACUGAGAGACAUUCUCAAAAGACAUUGAAUGCAAAUGGAUUUGAAUGGCUAAUAUAAUUUACAAAUAUGUACUUUGUGAGAUAAUGUAUAAUAUAUGCUGUACUUUCUGAUAUCCACACGGUUAAGUGCUCUCGUUUUCUUUUUUUGCUAUUACGUCAAACUGUUUCAUUAUUAUACUGCAACUUUGUGCACCUCUCCAGGCUUUUUAUACAAGUUUUUAUUUUUUAUCAUGUGAAAAUGUUCCUCUGCAUAUGUUAGAAUUUUAUACAGUCCUGCUGGGCUCCAGAAAUCAUUUGUUUAAAAUGUUUUGUAUGUAUGUAUGUAUGUAUGUAUAUAUAUAUAUAUAUAUAUAUAUAUAUAUAUAUAUAUAUAUAUAUAAACACACAAACUUCAAUAUAGGAGUUAUGCAGAUCCAUUCACUUAACAUUUUAUGGGUAACCUUAAUCAUAGUUAUCAAGAAGGUUAUGACAAAAUAGAUAUUUAUCGUUGUGUUUUUAUUUAAUUGUGGUCCUCAUUUUCUACAAAAUUUAAUAUUUAAAAAAAAAAAAAAUAUGUAGAAAGUGAUAUACAGUAUAGGGCUUAUAUUGUUAUAUUUUUGUGCCUACUAAAAAUAAAAGACAAAUUCACUCAGAUUUCCCCAAAAGUGCCUAGUCUUUUUUUUUUUUUUUCCUUAAUGGCUCCCAUGUGAGAUCGCAGCUACUGUAUGUAAUGGUGCUUUUGUUAACUUUUUAUAUAUUUUGAAAUUAAUAUCACAUACUCCAUUUAAAGAAGCCUUUCUGUUUUGUAAAUAUGGUCAUGUAAUGCUCCUAAUACAGCGUAUUAGGCAUUCUGCUAUUUUCUGUAGUUUUGCUUCUGAGAGCACUGCUUCAGUCAGAGUCUACGCAUAUCAAGCAGCUAACCAGAUCGCCAUCAUUUUUCAAUCUGUCAUUAAUGUAAAAAUGAAUUAACAUUUGUGACGGUUAUGUAUCAUAUGUUAGUAUUGUUCAAUUCAUAUAUAUAUAUAUAUAUAUAUAUAUAUAUAUAUAUAGCUCUUUAAACAAGAGACCCCUCUGAUUUUUUUAAAUUAAAAAAAAUAAUAUAUAUAUAUAUAUAUAUAUAUAUAUUAAAAUAGUCAUCUUCAUCUUUACUGUAUACUGAGGUCAAACAUUACUGUGGUAUGGGGAGUCAUUUAUACUGUACUUUGUCUUAAUAAUUUUUAAUGCUGACUUUAAUUUGGCUUUGAAAAUUUAUGGAAGUGUUUUUAAAGUUUUGAAUUAUGUUAAUAAAUUAUUAAAAUAAUUUGGAAAUGUUGAA